GACCGAGGAGCUGGAGAGGAACCGGCGUUGGUGACCAAAAGACGUUUGUAAGAGGAACACUCCCGCCUGCAGCUAGCCUAGCCCAGCCCAAUGCAGUGUAGUGCAGCUCGGGACUUGCAGUGGGGUCGUGUGUCGUGUGUGAAGGUAUACUGUGGCUUCUCAUUCCGCUCGAACGUAACGUCCCACUGUGCCAUGGGUAAUCAUGCCAACUCCAUCUUCUGUACAUGUAUUUUCUUCGUCUCCGCUUACUCUCCGCGUCAUCUUGGGCAGUGACAUGCACCCACGCACAUAGAGCCUUUGUCUAGUGCUUUUUCCCUCCUCCCCCCUGCUUCGUACGACGUCUGGUGCGCCUAAGUUCCCUCAGCGACUUUCCGAAACUGUAGCCGCCCCCAUAUCUCGCACGCAACCAUGGCGACAGCAGCGACAUCCCCCUCCUCAACCGCCGCCUACGCCGGACACAUGUCCAACGGCGAGCCGACCGCAUUGUCGCAGUCGUACGUCCCCACGCACCCGGGCCUUUUCUACGUGCAGUUCCAGCCGGGCUCGUACAACUCGUCGCUCACUGCACUGCGCGACUUUGCUAAGGGCGAGACGAUCGCGAGCAUGGACGCUGCCCGCGAGUCCAAGCUGAUCCGGUACUCGACUGUCCAGGUGGCCGAAGAUCGACAUGUCGAGCUGAACAGCGACCUUCUGUACUGCAACCACUCGUGCGAUCCAACCGUCGUGUUUGACGUCAGCAGCGGCGGGCCGAACCCAAGUGACUGGAAGGCCAAGGCAUGGAAGAACAUCAAGAAGGGAGACACUCUAACUUUCUUCUACCCCAGCACAGAAUGGUCUAUGUCACAACCCUUCGUAUGCAACUGCAGCAGCGCGCAGUGCCUUGGUACCAUAUCUGGCGCGGCGUGCCUGCCGGCCGAGCUGCUGCUUGGCGACGAGCCACGAUACUGGGUCAAUGCGCAUAUCCGCAAACUCAAGGAAGCGCAGCUCAAACAGCAGCAGCAGGCUCAACAAUAGACUGAACUCUAGGUCGGAAAGCAUAAUAUUAGAGUAGAGCAGGAUGUGAUGUGGAGGCGACGGACCGUAAAUGGUAUUCGCGCCAGAUAUAGGCCACUAAAAUGAUAGAAGUCCCUACAGCAGAAGCAAACAAGGCUGUAUUUCGACACAUAUUAAAAAUCUCCUUGCCAG